GCGUUUUACCCCAAUAAGACGAAGCUUUUCCAUUUUGCCAACAAGAAUGUCUGCUACAGUAAAAUAUACUUUAUGAGUACACCUUUGGUGAAAUAUGCCAGAAUCAUUCAAAACCUAAACCUUUAUUUAAGUGGUGAAUGAUGAAGAUGUUUGAACACCCAAACACACAAGCUACAGCCACUCUGAGGACAGUUUGUUACAGAGGCCGUGAAAGGUGUAGUCACACCACAGCACUGAGGAGACACCUGACCUGUGGCCUGUAAGCUCCGCCUCUCCCCUCUGACAUCAUGGUUCUGAUCAGCCUGCUGUCUGUGUUAGCACAAAGCCAAAUUUAGCUCUGUGUAAUCAUUGUGGAGAGAGCUCACAUGCUGACUGAGGAUACCUACCCAGUAUAAACACACCUGCUCUGUGAUGGGCUUAAAAUGAGCUUCACGUGCACCUGAAGGGGCCUGCACACCGCCGUCAUACCACACAGACUGUAGGUAAGGUCUCCAUUUACGCCUUUGCUUAGUUCGCUGGGCUUUAGGAAGGCUCUCUGUAGUGGUCUUGUAUUAAUAUUUUCUGUUUCACCAGUCUGUUUGGGUCACUUUUUAGGACAUCUAAAAAGACGUUUAGCCGUCAACAACAUCAGUGAGCUUUACAGGGUCAAGUGUUUUCUUGACUGUUUCCCACCUGGAUGUUGUGAACCUUGAGGUCAUGGGUCAAUCAUUGAUAAACUCACUAACACCUGCAUAGUUGAGGGUGUUUUAGAGUUUUUGAUUGACCGAACGUCCCAUUGCAGUGUGUACUGAGCUGUUGACAUGGUUCUCAUCAGGGAUUUAGCAACAUGCACACUUUUUAUUGUUGUUGCACCGUUAUUGUUUACGUGUGUUUGCGCUGAAGCUCAGCAGCUUGUGCGGCAGGCAGUGAAGCACACACACCAGUCACCCUUGCAGUGAGAGUAAUGUGUUGCUUUUUGUUUUCCUGGCUGAACUGAAUUUAGUUAGAAAUGGGUCCAUUUGAGUCUUUUAUUAUCCAAAACUGGCUUUUGUCUCAUCUCCAUCCAUCUCACCAGUGCACUUUCUGUGUUAGUUACACACCACACUUGAGUGAGCAGCUGAUGAUUACAGUCUUUACAAUUAUUUGCCAUGAUGUCACAUUUUGAGACACUUCAUUUGCAUAUUUGUUUUUAAACAAAGUGUAGUUCUGCUGCAGUUCCUGUCUGAGCAGAGACUGAACUAUGGAUCUGAAGUCAAAUAGAAGCCUCUCUGAUUUUAUUGAUAUUUUGAGGGUCAGUAAAGCCUUUUAUUGUAUCUGUGGUUUUUCUGGGUGUUGAGCUACUCCUUUAAAGGCUUCGUGGUGUGGAAACAGAAGAGGAGGGGGUGGCAUGAAAUCUGGGGCAGAGGGUUGAUCAGUGCCCAAGCCCCGAUUACAGGCCGGCCCCCGGUGUGCCUCACAAUAAGAUAAUGCUAUCUCGACCCACAGGUAUUUGGUUUCAGUGGAGAGGGUAAUAACUGUCACAGAACACUGAGGAGACCUUUCAUCUCCGGGCCUCGUGUUGUCAGCCAGCAUUUGUGUGCAGUCUCUGCACAGAGGUGGCCUUUGUGCGGUAGGGUGAGGUCGUGUCACCACGAUGGCCUUAUAUCUGCCCAUAGAGACAAUAGGCAAGUUUGAUUGAAUCAAACAGCCAUCACUAUCUAAAAGGGUAGUCAACAUGGCAUGUCCAAGUUCCUGUGGUGCAACAGAGGAGGUGACGUAGUUCUGACUGAUUUAGCUGAGCCCUAGAGCAGCAGAGCUGAUAGUGAACUGUAACAAGAUUCAGUCGAGGCUUCAAACAAAGCAGACCUACUUCGUUCCUCUUUUUUGAUGCGCGAACAUCACAUUGUCGUGGUCGUCCAGCACCAUGUGGUCCACCAGGUAGUAAAGAAAGUUAAACAAACGGUUAAAUGUCAGACCUGCUCAGAGCCUUGUCCCCCUCUCCUUUCAAGGCUUCAGCUGCAAAUAUGAUGUAUUCAUCUUGGAAACGAGCAGCAGUCCGUAAUGUACUGGUGCUUUUUUAGACGUGAUAUGAGCGUCUAGUGUUUUAGAAGUCUUGUGCGGUGACUCAGACAUCAUUCAUGUCUGGAAUGAAACUCAUAUUUAGACCAAGAUGGCAAACAGCAUGGAGCCAUUCAGCCUAACUAGGACUAACUUUCCCUGGGUUGUUUUUUUCUAUAGCUAUUUAAAUUCAUUUAGUUUUCUGCAGUGUUUAAUAAUACAUCUUAGCAAACAGUAGUUUAAAUAAAUGGUUUUAUAAAAUAAUGAGAAAUACUAAACUAAACAGGUGAAUGUGUUGUUUCUUAAAGGCGUAAACCAGUAGAUCUACUUUAUUGGUGUCUUCACCUCUGCAGAUGUCCAUCAACUCGGCAGUACGCCAUGCAGCCUCGAAAAAGAAGCAAAUGCAUCCUUUUUCAAAAUAAAUUACUUAAUAGUGAUGUGUGGGUCGCGAACGAGCCGACUCUAAGAGCCGGCUCUUUGAAGUGAACGACCGGAGCCGGCUCGUCAUUGGGAGCCGCCCCCUCCCCUCUUCCUUUAGUGAAAGCUACAGACGAUUGGUCAACAUGUGUAACUGUGUGUCCAGACUGUCCACACACAGAACAGUAGGGGCGGGGAAGAGGGAGGAUCAGACUCAGACACACAGCAGAGCACAUGCGGGUGGAGGGAGACGAGAGGGAAUGAGGAGGAGGAAAAAGGAGAGAGAGAGAGAGAGAGAGAGAGAGAGAGGAGAGUGCGACGAAGACGGUGAGAAAAUGAGCGCCAGCAGUUGGAAAGUGGAGAUUUCUUAAAGUGUUCAGUUAUUAAAUCCAUAGAAAUGAUAAAUAUUUGAUAUAUUGCAUUUUUUACAUUAAUACAUUAUUUUACAUAUAUUUUUGCAUUAUUUUGGUUAUAAAUGUACUCUACGCAACUGAAACUCUGAGGAGCCACUUGGGAGCUGAAAGAGCCGGCCCUUUUUGGUGAGCUUAGCCAAAAGAACCGACUCUCUCAAAAAAGCCGUAAUUCCCAUCACUACUACUUAAGUUCCUCUGUCUGCUCAUGUCUAAAAUAGCACAGGUCUAAAUAGUCCAACGUUAUUGAAAAAGCGUAUGAAGUGGAAGAAGGCUGGAGCACUCGGGUCAAAAUAAAAAUAUUUCAUUAGUGCAAAUAAAUGAACUAACGUUUCAACAUUGCUGUCUUCGUCAGUUUGUCAUUUGAAUGAAGCACAGUGUGUAAAUUCUUAAUUUAAUGCUAAAGCCAUUUGAAAUGAGCACCGUUCCUGAGCUGACGCCAUCUUUGUUGUUUGUCACAGCUCUGGCGUUAAGCCCAUAGGGAGCCUAAGUCACGCCCACCUACUUCCACACCAUGGGUCCCCGGAAGAACGAAAAAUUGAAUACAAGUCCAGGGUUUUUCCUGCAUUCAAAUCUGCGUGAUGGCCGCCUCCAGCUAAUUUUGUGCCGCCCCAGCCUGAUUUCACUCUGCCCCAGCUAUAUGGAUGUUAUUUUAACUGCAGUUGCAGCGUUGCGCCACUAAAGGGGCGCUAUAUUAGCACCGAUGCACCGAAAAGCACUAAAACUGCUGCAGACAAAGAUCAAAAAUUGCUUUUCUCGCUAGUUACAUAUCUAUGGUUGGUGCUAUUGACAUCCUGAUUUUCCCCCAGGCUCUUCCAUAUCAGUGCAGGGCUGUACAGCGCGACAAAUAAAACAGUCUGUGCGUGUCUAUUUUUAAACGUAGCACUGCAACAUCUUUGAAUUAUUAUUUUCCCCAGAACUUUAUUGAAAAAAAGUAGGUUGUGUGUAAGAAAAAUGCUUUUUACUGGCGCACAGUGUGGUAAUCUGGAUGCAGUGGAGGAAAAGACAGGAACCAUCAAAGGCAGAACCAGUCCAAAGUUUGGGAUCAAAAGUGCAGCUACAUACAGAUUAGCUAAUGCUAAAGCUAAAGGGUAGCAGUCUCGUGAUCAAGUGGUGCACAGAAAAAUAUAUGAUGAUCGUAAAACUAAGAAAGACUAAACUCUACAAGCAGAUGAAAAGUCCCCACCAUACUGUUUAUUCUGCAUCCUGCAGCGCUACGGGUCAGAACCGCUGCAGAUACGAGUCACAUUACUGCUGCAAGUCUGCUCCACACACAGGAGCAGGAAGUACGGCAAGCCGUUGUACUAUAUAAUUCGCAAACGCAUCUAUCUUUGAACAUAAUUGUUUGAAUGCUGAAAAGCAUUCAAACUAUUGUUUUCCUGUUUCUCUUUAUUCUUCCAUAUUCUGCUUCCGUACACUUUUUGAACCUCUUCUUCUCCUUCAAAUUUUGAGCUAUUUCAACCAUUUUAUAUCAAAAUGUUCAGCUUGUUAAGCUCUUUCCGGCUAUUACUUUUGGCAUUGAUAUCUUUCAAAUUGUUCGAGUUAUUAAGCUUUUACUGCGAAAAUUUUCCCAUUGAAAUGAAUGGGAUUGGUCAAUUUUCAGCAAAUUCCUAUCACUUUUUUGACCUCAAACUCUAUAGGGUUCCUUUUAACUUAGAGACUUCAUUCAAAGUUUAACAAACUCACAAGACUUUCCCGUUUAACAUAUUAAAGAGGCUUUUUGAUAUCUUUUACGGUUUUUCUAAAAUCGCAGGUAGAAGUUGAGGUACGACUUGAAAUUUUCAGAAAAAUUCACAAAAGUUAUAAUGGGGAAAGAUAGGACCAGUGACCCUCCCUUGCUCCAUUUCCGGCGUUGUCCCGAGAGAACCGUAGGUCCGAUUGAAAUGGGACACACGCUGGCUUACAGUUAACGAAUAUAGCUUCGUUUUGAGCUAUAAUUCAUGACUGUACUCCAAACACUGUGGUCGUACGGUUUGUUUGUUUGAGAAAAUUCAAAUUUAUAAAAAUGUCUCCCACUCUAACUUAAGAAUUCCUCACUGUACCUUUUGAACUUCACAUCUUCUGUGAACAGCUCUUUACUACCCCCAGACCGUUUGGACUACCAAAACAAAUUAUAACUCAAAAAGUAGGAAUUUUUGUCCCCCCCCUCACACAAAGUUGUCCCCCCUACAAAAGUUAUUGUAAAUGUAUAAAUGCUAUCAGUAAACCUGUAUUGUCUUCUAAAACCACAAUGUAAAAGUUAGUCUGCAAAUACAAAACAAUGUGUUUUUAAUUCUUGAGAAAUUAUAGUCCACCCCACCCCCCUCCAAUUCCUCAGGUUGGUACGGUCGGUCCACACGAGCUGUUUCCAACGGGCGGGGCUGCCGGCUUUGCCUCGCUCACAGCUUCACAGCAGCCCGCAGGCUCACAGGAAGCGGGAAUCAAAAAGCCAGCGGUUUCCAGCAUGUCCAGGGACAUGAAACUCAAUCCACAGCAAGCUCCCUUGUAUGGCCGUUGUCUUGUCACAGUGCAGCUCUCUGAUGACGAGCUAGCUGCAGAUGGAGAGGGCGUGGACUACUUCCUGCUGUUUGCUGGCAGCACACAGAGACAUGUGACCAGCACCCUACGAAGCAGUCAUGAUACCUUACAGGCGCUAUGUCCUGCUCAUGACUGCUGCGAGGUGGUGUUGGUCACCUUGUGCUUAGCCACCCAAAAUACCUCUGAGGCCUCGGAGGACCAUCCUGGUCAUGUGGCUCCAUUGGCCAAGCAUCGAUUCAGCUUUGUCCAGGAUCUGGCAUUUGACAUGGCCCAGUUUCUGGUGAGCACAGCAGGUCGGCCUGACAGUCUUGAUGGCGCUCUGCUGCUCGAUGAGUGUAAGAUUCCUCUGCAGGAAUGUGAGCGGCUGGAUGAAAACCUGGCUCUGGCCCUCCACCACCUCCCACUGCCACCAGCAUGGAGCUUGCUUGGAAGCAAAUGGACCAGCAGCACUGACCUUAGUCCUCAGGAGACGCUGCUGCAUUUCUCGGCGCGGCGUGGCCUCUCCCGGGUGACACGCUUUCUGCUGCAGCAGCCCGGAGCCAGAGAGGCCCUUCAGCUGGCCAACAAAGAGGGCCACACGCCAUCUGCUGUUGCAGCGUCACGGGGACACGAGCACGUUCACCAGAUUCUCACAAAGGCUGGGGCUAAUGCAGAGACGGACAAGGCCACUGAAGCUGCUCUUCUGGUUUCUGGGGAAGCCUGGGUGUUUUGCCACCUCCCCACAUUAAACACACACACUCUGACAGUGAAGGUCCUGCCCGGCUGUGAGGCUCCAUCCUUUCAGAAGAGCGUGGAGCAUCUGCUGCACUCCAUUUCCCACCUCCACACCAAGGGAGUUGGUGUUCUGGAGCUACAGUUGGACUCUCUUCACACUGCUGCUGAAUGCUGUGAUGGUGUGAAAACAGACCUAACCUGUCAGGAGCAACUCCAGCAGCCCUGUGUGACGUCACCUCGCUUGGAUACAACCACUGAAAGCAGCCAGGGAGAAAACAACAAAGUGGAAUGUAGCAUCACUGCUGUUUGUGAGCUCGGUGAGAUCGAGAAAGGCUGGAGUCUGAGUUCAGAAUUACGCCCCCUGGAACACGGCCUCUGCCCCCCACAGGAUCAGGUGUGUCUCGGUUCAAGCGCUGAGGGAGAGCCGACCCAAACGGAGCAGGAGGGGGGUGCCGUGUCUGGCCAGAAUCUGAAUUUGUGUGACGGGAGUGACGGGGCAGAGGGUGAGGCUGGGGCGGAGAGUGUCACUGUGGGAAUCCUAGCAGCAGCAAGCUGUGGUAAACAUGCAGAGGAAACUGAUAGAGGAGAGGCUGUGAUCCAGGAAGAGCAGGAGGCCAAGAAGGGAGAGGACCAGUCUGAGCAGGAAGUAGAGGACGACACGGCCAGGAGGAAGGAGGAGAGCAUCCUUGAGUCAACACCUCUAAUCACUGCCGGUGGGGACACGAACACUUCAGUCAUGGGCCAGUCUCUGUUCUCAGGGAGCUCCGAAGCUUCAGACUCCUCCGAUUCACAAGGGAAGGCUGAAGAUGUGAAGAAAGACACAAACAUUAGCCAGGAAGAUGGAGGUGGUGUAGCUGAAGAGGACGUAGGGAGUGAAGAGUUAACAGACCCCGUAUCAGCCCCGAGGGACACACCCAGUCCACCUCCGAUAGGCUGCAGUGAUGUAAUAGAGGAGCGUGAGUCGGCUGCUCCAUGUCUCCUGAUAGAAGGCCUCCAUGAGGGGGAACCUCCGCCAGACAUAAACAGCCAUGAACAAAACCAGGAAACAGCUGGUAGGAAUUAUGGAGCAGAGCAGCAGCAGGGCUUGGCUUCAGAAGCUGCUCGUCAUUCUGGGAAUUGUUCUAGAGCUGUGAGCGGUAAAGAGCUGGAUGGUGAGGACUUUUCUGUUCAAAGGGAAGGUUUUCUUUCAGAUCAACCUGAGGAAACAGACAUUUGGGCUCCUGGCAGUGCCUCGGAGGACACACAGGGUGAUCUGAACUCGGAGGCAUCUCCAGAGAACAUGGUGACUAAAAAAGCAACAGAUCCUGAGUUGGGCGUGGCCCAUGGCCACUCCAGUGACGAUGAAGGUAGCUUUAGAUCUUUUGGAAGCUCUUCAACAGAAGUCUUUAACUCUGCUCAGGACAAUCACACAGUGGAUGAAGAGGACUUGCUCCACACGAAGGUGACUGAACCCUCCUCAACAGACCACAAAACCGAGGACCUAAAUCGUUUAAAACCGACUGAAACCAAUGAGCACCCUUUAAAUGUGGAGUCAGGGCUCUCCUUGGAGUCUGGUCCUUUCGGUGAACAGACUCCUUCAGACUGCAUCGAGGGUAACCCUGAAGCUGAAUCACAGCCCCAGAUGGUGGGGACCACCGUGGACCAGAUCCCAGAGCUCACUAAGGAGGGUUUGUUUAUGGAACCAGUGAACAAGGAAGCUUCAACGGAGAAUAUAGGAGAGGUUGGUGAGUCUGGCAGCUCUGAGCUGAAUAUAAGGAUCCAGGGUAGUACAUCAGAGCUGGUCCCAUCUUCACCAGGACCAUGGGCCACAGAGGAGAGCAACGACGACGUUCCACAGAUGGACACUGGUGAUAAACCAGUGGGAACAGAGGAGAGUGGGAAUGUACAGUGUGUGCUAGCGCAACUCGACCGGGAAGACCUAGACAGGACAUCUGAUCAGAGGUCAGCUGUGAAUCACCUCGCUGUCCUGCUUUCACAAGAUGCCAGCACAGAGUCAAACGGAGACAGUCUACCUGAUCUGGAAGUAGAACCACAUGUUCCCAACACUGAAGCAACUGCAGACAUUGACACUGAAAAUCCAACAACUGGAGAUGUGGUGGGUGGAGUCCCACAUGGCUUCCCAGGGAGCAGUAGUACUCAGCAAGCUGUGGAUGUCCUCAGUGCUGGAGACGCUGUGAGCAGCAAGGAGGAGGAAGAAAACAGCCCAGCAGAGGAACGGGACUCCUCCACGAUCCACCGAGACGGAGAAGCGUCGUUCCAUCGGCCCUGCAGCCCUCACCACUCAGAGUCCUCCAUGUCUUCAGCAUUUCCCAGUUUGCCCAGCAGAACCAGCAGUUCCACCAGCUGCCCAUCCUUCGCCCACAGAGAUUCUGGCAGCGACAUCGAGAGCCUUCUGAAUUCAGAGCUGGGCUACAGCGGCAUCUUCCCAAAGAGCGAUGAACGAGUGACCGGAGGAGACAGCGCCAGCGAGGUUUCUGUCUCUUGCUCCUCCACAGAUGACACGGCUAGCGUCGGCCCGUCCAGCUCCAGCCCAGAGGACAGCCAGGGCCUGGGUUGUAGCUGGAGCCCAGAGGAAGGCACUCAGCCCAGGGACACUGCCGGCGUAGACGUUGGUGGAGGAGCAGGAGAGGCUGAAGAGGAGGCAAAAGAUAGAGUGACAGAGGUGCCACGGCGGUCCUGUCUUUUCCGGAACAGCAUCCGCUCACUGUCACCUCCUCGUCGCCACAGCUGGGGUCCAGGGAAGAACAACGGAGGAGAAGCAGAGCUGAACCAGAGAAGUUCCAUUCGUAGCCCUGGUGAGAGGAAGCCGGCCUUUCACAGGAGAAGCUACAGCUUAGAGGGGCUCAGUGGGGUCCAGGAAGAGCUGAGGGGCUCCACCAGCCAAGGGCCCCGGAUCCAGGAGCCUUGGAGGAUGCCCCGACAUGACAGUGAGGACAGGGUCUCCCUGGUCUCUCUGACAGAGGAGCAGGAGGAGCGGGAGGAGCACAGCAGGCAACGUGACCUGAAGCUACGGCGGUACCGGCCCCUGAGAAGCAGCUGUCCUUCCAUGACCCUGCCCCUGACCAAGUCUGUGUCCAUGGUCACCAUCAGUCAUAAAGACAGCGAUGGCACAAGGUCAUUUUCCAGUACCUCUGGAUCAGUAGCAUACAGCAUAUCGGAGGAGGAGCCUGGACCUCUGCGGAAUGACAAUGAGGGCAAGAGUGUGACAAAAGUCAGCCGGACCUUCAGCUACCUCAAGAAUAAGAUGUACAAAAAGACAAAAGAAAAAGAGCGGGAGAAGAAGGACAAGGAGGGACAGGGGAAGGACAAGAAGACGGUGAACGGUCAUCUCUUCACACAAGUGUGCUCGAACGUGGCCGCCCAGUGCUCCCAGUGCAAUAAGGCUUUAGCGAACAAAGAUGUACUAUUGUGCUUAUACUGUAACUCUUCCAUCCACAAGAGCUGCAGGGACAGUCUGCCUGUUUGUGCCAAGGUGAAGAUGAAGUUGCCCAAGCAGCCGCCUGCAGCGAGCGACUCCAGUACCCUUCCUGCAGUCACCAUGAGGAGCAAACCUGUUGCGACAAGGGAGCGUCCCUGGUCAGCCAUCUUGUCCCCUGAAGACUCAUCGACUCUGAUCCCAGCGUCCCGCAGACACACCGCCGUCAUGCCUUUUCAUGGGAACAACCUCUCCAAGAGCCUCUCCAUCAGCAACAUUUCAGGCCCAGCGUUUGAUGAGGUGCCCAUUAAAAGCCGGCAGUUCCUCUCUCAGUCCACCGACUCGCUCAACAGGAUGGUCACGGUGUCCAUGGAGUCCCUCGCUGAUGAAGGAACAGAGAUGAUGGACGGGCAGCUGAUGGGAGAGUAUGACGAAGACGCCAAAGAGCUGGAGGCCGAUUCGUGGAGUUUGCUUCUGGAGCAGCAGUAUCUACAGCAGCUGGACAAAGACCUGGUGAAGAGACAAGACGUCAUCUACGAACUGAUGCAGACCGAGAUGCACCACAUCCGCACGCUGCGCAUCAUGUCAGACGUGUACAGACAUGGCCUGGUGAAUGAGGUGAAGUUGGAGCAGCAGCUGGUUGGGAAGCUGUUCCCAGUUCUCGAUGAGCUGCUGGAUCUCCACAUGCAGUACUUCCAGUGUCUGGUGGAGCGGAGAAGGGAAAGCAAGGAGAGCCAGCAGGAAGGGGAAGUUCUGGAGGGAUGUGUGGUCAUCAGCAGGAUAGGAGACAUACUGGUUAGCCAGUUCUCGGGAUCAAAUGGUGACGCCAUGAAAAAGGUUUACGGAAAGUUCUGCAGCCGCCACAACGAAGCUGUUAAUGUCUACAAGGACCUCCUGACCAAAGACAAACACUUUAAAGCCUUCAUCAAAAAAAAGGGUAGUAGCAGCAUCGUGCGGAGGCUCGGUAUCCAAGAAUGCAUCCUGCUGGUGACCCAGAGGAUCACCAAGUACCCCGUGCUGUUUCAGAGGAUCCUGCAGCACACUAAAGAGAACGACGAAGACUACGAUGACCUGAACGAGGCGGUGCGGUUGGUAAAGGAGGUGAUUGCAGCGGUGGACAGCAAGGUGAAUGACCACGAGAAGAAAUGUCGUCUGAAGGAGUUCCACAGCCGCAUGGACAGCAAGUCCAUCAUGAUUUUGAAAAGCGGCCAGAUGUUUGCCAAGGAGGACCUGGUGAGGAGAAGGCUGAUCCACGAGGGGCCGCUGCAGCUGAAGAACUCCCAGGGACGACUCAAAGACGUCCAUUCUCUGUUACUCUCAGACGUCUUGGUCUUCCUGCAGGAGAAAGACCAGAAGUACAGCUUUGCCAUGCUGGACCAGCGCUCCACAGUCCUCUCCCUCCAGAAGCUAAUUGUCAGGGAGGUGGCUAGGCAAGAGCGCGGCCUCUUCCUCAUCACGGCAGGCACCGAGAAGCCAGAGAUGAUGGAGGUUCUGGCCAGCUCCAAGGAGGAACGCAACACCUGGAUGCAGCUCAUCCAGGCCGCCAUGCAGUCUAUGGAAAAGGACGAGGAUGAAGGGAUUCCCAGUGAGACGGAAGAUGACAAGAGACAGCUAGAGACCAAAGCCAAAGAGAUGAGAGAUAUGUUGAGGCAGAAGGACACAGAGAUCAUGUCUCUGUUGGAGGAGAAGGUGCGGCUCUUUGAGGAAAUGUGGGAGGGCUCGAGCCCAGGCGAGGAGGCCUGCCGGCAGGUCCAGCCUUUCUUCAGGUCAGCCUGCAGCCAGGAGCCGCCCCGGGGGGCGUCCAUCAUGAAGGACGCUCUGCAUGAAGUGGAGACGUUACAGACGCUGGUGAACGGCAGCCUGGGGGGAGCGAUGGCCAGCGUCCAUGAGGCAGGAGGCUCAGGGCCCGUGUGUCUGCCCCGUCGAGCCGAGACCUUCGGGGGCUUUGACAGUCACCAGAUGCACAGCAGUAAGACAGGCGGAGACAGAGAUGAGAGCGAGGACACGGCAGGAGAACUGCGUAGGACAGAGUCCGACAGCGUUUUAAAGAAGGGAGGAAACGCCAACCUGCUGCAGCUGCUGAAGAGGAACAGUGAGCAGGUUCUCCACAGCGUCUCCAACCUGCAUCUCCUGCUCAGCACUCUGCAGGCGGUGGUGGUCCAGCAGGACAGCUAUAUAGAGGAUCAGCGACAGGCCCUGAGUGAGCGCUCCGCCUCCUGUGCGUCUUUGUUGCGGCCCUCCUCGCGUCCUGGCUCACUGAUUGAACAGGAGAAGCAGCGCAGCCUGGAGAAGCACCGGCAGGAGCUGACAUCCCUGCAGAGACAACAGGCAGCUCACGCUGAGGAGAGGAGGAGGAGGGAGAGGGAGUGGGAGCGCAGGGAGCAGCAUCUCUCUCAGAGGGAGGCGCUGGUGCACUUACAGGAGGAGCAGAUGCAGAAGCUGCAGCAGGAGCUGGAGGAGGAGCAGCAGGAGCUGCACAGCAAAAAGGAGGAGUACCAGAAAGACCUGGAGAGACUGAGAGAUGCUCAGAGGAAGCUGGAGAGGGACAAGGACUCAGUGAGGCGGCAGAUUGACAAGAUGGAGGAGAGAACUCCCUCCACAACAUCCGAUGAGUCUCUGUUCCCCGGCAGCUCCCAGUCCCUGGAGCUGGACCCACUGGAGCUCUCCUCCUCCUCCUCCUCCUCCUUGUCCAGGUUACAACCCCAGCGCUCCAAAACCAAAGGGAAGGGCCUGAAUCCCUUCGCCUCCACCUCCUCCAGCCUGAAGGGUGGCGAGGCCAACAAUCAGAUCUCCAAGAGCUUCCUGCAGCUGGGAAAGAACAAGAGCAAAGAUGGGAAGAAGAAGAAAAAGAGCAAAGGGGGGACCCCCCAGACAGCAGAUCCCCAGUGUGUCCCGGCUCCUCAUAUCGAUGGGGAGAUCUUCUUCUGCUGAGGCACUGUGCUGACCUUCUCCUCCUCUUAGUCAUCGCCACGGACCUGCUACAAUUCCCUGAGUGGAGUGUGUUCCUGCCAAGUGAAGCCCCCCCCCCCCCCCCCCCCCCCCAGACUCUACAAAGUGACAUGCAACCGCCACACCGCUGGGAUCCUCUUCGGAAGGGCCUGGCUAAUUCUCCAAACCUCCUCCAUGCAACAAUAAAGGGAAAAGUUUAAUUUUAAAGUGAAAAACCACUGAUUUUAGUUAAUAGAGGCGGUCAUUUUAGGGUUUUAUUAUCCUGGGACUCAGUCAUGACUCACAUAACUGCCUGAUUCCACAAAGAAAUGUUUAAACCUCCUUAUUUUUAGACACCAUCUCAGUGAAAAUGCGACCGGCCACCCUCCCCCCUUUUGGAUGAAGCUCCGCCCACAUAAGGGGCUGCUCAUUCACACCAUCAGGAGGUUUUUCCGUGUGACUUCAGCCAGAUGCACAGACACAGCUGACUCCCACUGCCGCUCAGAAACGCAUCUGAAUGUCAGAGAAUUCCACGCGGCACCGGAAAGUCCUCACCGCUAAUCACAUUCAUUAGCUGCUAAUUGAAGACUGCAACCACUGAAGGGAAAUGCUGUUGUCGUGGCAACAUUUCUUUAUCUGCACAGUUUCCCUCCAAUAUGAAGCGUGAUUACAUCCUCUGAAUUAGCCUGUAGUUUGUCAGCAGAAUGGAUUUGGCCGCUGAUGGGUGAGGUAAUCCUCUGUGAUGGCUUCAUGCCAUCAGUCACAGCCCAUGAUGAGGUUUUCAUGUAUUUAAAUCAUGUUGUCUUCAUUUUGGAGUGAAACUUCAGAUUUUUUCAGACUGUGCAGUAAUGAAAGGAUUGAGCGGCGCUAUCUCUCCGUGUCAAACGGCUCAAUUCAUAUCCUUUUAGUGUGUUGUAGAACCAUGGAUGGAUAUUAGCUUGAUCCCCGCGUUAUCUGCCCGUCGGUGAGCUUUUCUGCAGCCCUCAUCCUUCAUCAGAGCGCAGACGAGGGGCUUUCCUCCAUGUUUUAAUUGCAUGUAGCUCUGCAGGUGGCAUACUAAUGUCUGAACCUCUCACAGCUCUGCUUACAGAGUCGGUGCACGCACUGCUGAGGACGAAUCUGUUGAUUUAUCAGCUUUUUAAUGACCACAUUUGAGUCUGAUCAUUUCACUUUAUUCACUCUGUGUUUUUCAGCACUUUGGUCCCAAAGCAGUGAUUGGUUUGUUUUUAAUUGGUUUGAGUCGAGAGGAUUUUACUUUUCUGCUUUGUUUUGUGUUUGUAGUCGUUGUUUAUUCAAAGAGCGACGAUGUGUUGGAGUAAAGAACCAGCUGGUGGCUCUUCUCAUGUGUCUCUGGAAGGACCUGUCCUUUUAUUUUGGACCCACCCAGCCCAUGUUCAGGGCAGCACAGGUGCCUGCUGGACAGGUAGCCUCCCUCCCCUCCCGUCUCAUUGAAGUCCCUGCUCGUGGACUCUGGAUCCAGGUGGUACCUGGUCCUGUUAGCAGCUUACGUGGCCUGAUGGAUGAUGGGUUUGGUGAAAUUCCCCUCCCAUUCCUUCAGGUGUGUUCUGACCACCAGGGAGCGCUGCACCUAUAAACAAACUCCUCUCCCCUCCUGCGUCUCCCUGCCGCCGCACGUCUGAUUUCCCAGCGGGUCACCGCCGUAUGGAGAAAACGUGAUGCUCUGUGACAUUUCCCGUCUGCUUUUGUAAUCGACUGAAGGAACAAAUAAGUUGUCAGAUUAUAAUUCAGAGAAACAGCUUUAAUGUAGGGCGAAGACGAGGCUUAGACAAGCCCCUUUCUCCCAGGGACAAUCAGAGCUCCCUCACCGAUGGCCAGCCUGUCCAUGAGACCGACGUGUCCAUCAGGUGGACCCCACAUAGCCUUAAUGACUAAAUGCACUAGAGUAGAAGCCAGCGUGUCCUCAGGAGGAAUGAGGAGAGCUUUGAUACCUCUGUUUUCAGUCAAAGGAAAUGUUUGUACUAACUGGUACACUUUUGUUCCUCAGCAAUGUAAAAAAAAAGGGCAAACUGUAAAUAUGAUUAAUGUAUAAAACAAAUCCAGUGUAAAAAAAAACUAAAACUAAUGGUUUUGAUUUGUGAUCUAUUGCAACAUUUUGUAAGAAUGUUUUAUUUAUGUAUUCUCCUCAUCCUCGAGUGGUGAACAACGUAAAGGCAUAUUUCUCACAAUAAAAAAAAUGAUGAUAAUGCA